AUGCAGGAAAAUCCUGUAGUUAAUGGGAAUGUGGAGUGGAUGGAGCAAGAGGAGGAAGGAGAGGUGGUUGAUGGAAAAGUUGAUUGGAAAGGAAGAAAAGCUCUGAAACAAAAACAUGGGGGAAUGAAAGUUUCAUUGCUCAUGCUGGCCGCAUUUGGUUUCGAGAACAUGGCAACUCUAUCACUAGCAGUGAACUUGGUGUCAUACUUCAAUGUGAUCAUGCAUUAUGAACUAGCAGAUGCAGCUAACAUGGUCACUGAUUACAUGGGUGUUAGCUACAUACUCUCCAUUGCGGUGGCCGUUAUUGCUGACACUUGGAUUGGCAGAUACAAAUCCGUUCUUAUUUCAGGCUUCUUUGAGUCUUCGGGACUGGCAUUGCUUGCAAUACAGGCACACUUGGCUAGCCUGAAGCCACCACUUUGCAACGUGUUUGUGAAAGGUGCACAUUGUGAAAAGCUUAGUGGGAACAAUGAAGCAUUUCUCUUCAUUAGCCUUUACAUGUCGGCCUUUGGGAGUGGAGGUGUGAAAGCUUCCUUACCAUCACAUGGUGCUGAUCAGUUUGAUGAAAGAGACCCCAAAGAAGCAAUGCAAAUGUCUACCUUCUUCAACCUUCUCUUAUUUGCACUUUGCAUUGGUGGUGCUGUCAGUUUAACAUUAAAUGUUUGGAUAGAAGACCACAUAGGAUGGGACUGGGGCUUUGGCAUCUCCACCAUUUCUAUUGUUGUGGGCAUCAUGAUAUUUGCCGUUGGAUUGCCACUCUACCGAAUUCAUGUUGCACAUAGGACAAAUGCCAUCAUAGAGAUCAUACAGGUCUACGUUGCGGCAAUUCGCAACAGAAACCUUCCCCUACCUGCAAAUUCUGUAGAAUUAUACGAGAUUGAACAAGACAAAGAAGCUGCUGUGCAAAUAGAGCAUCUACCUCAUAGAGAUAUUUAUAGGUUCUUGGAUAGAGCAGCCAUCCAAAGAAACUCUGUUGUGCACCCUGUGAAUCCUGAGGCUUCAAACCCAUGGAGACUAUGCAGAGUUACACAAGUAGAGAAUGCCAAAAUCAUUUUAAGCAUGGUACCAAUAUUCUGCUGUACAAUUAUAAUGACCCUUUGUUUAGCACAGCUUCAAACCUUCUCUAUUCAGCAAGGCUCCACCAUGAACACUAGAAUCACCAAGCAUUUUAACAUCCCACCAGCAUCUCUACCAAUCAUCCCAGUUGUCUUCCUAAUCUUCAUAAUUCCUUUCUAUGAUCGCAUUUGUGUGUCUCUUCUAAGAAAAUUCACUGGUAUUCCAAGUGGCAUUACACACUUGCAACGCAUUGGAGUUGGCCUAAUACUCUCUUCCAUCUCUAUGGCAAUUGCAGCAAUCAUAGAGGUGAAAAGGAAAGGAGUUGCCAGAGACAACAACAUGCUUGAUGCCAUUCCAGUGGCUCAACCAUUGCCCUUGAGCAUAUUCUGGCUUUCUUUUCAGUACUUUGUAUUUGGCAUAGCUGACAUGUUCACCUAUGUGGGGCUUCUUGAGUUUUUCUAUUCAGAGGCACCAAAAGGACUUAAAUCUACAUCAACUUGCUUCCUAUGGUGCUCUAUGGCCCUUGGCUAUUUUCUAAGUUCUAUAUUGGUCAAAAUUGUGAAUAGAGCUACCAAGAAUAUUACUACAAGUGGAGGCUGGUUAGCAGGAAACAAUAUCAACAGAAACCAUCUGAAUUUGUUCUAUUUGCUCCUCGCCAUAUUGAGCUUGAUCAACUUCUUUGUCUAUUUGCUCGUUUCAAGGAGGUACAAUUACAGGCCUCAAGGCCCUACAGUUACAGGUGUCAAUUAA